AUCUCGCAACACGGCAAGUCCCGCCUUCCACCUCUCCAGGAGAAAGAGCCUGUGAGGCUACCGCUCCCUCCGCCCGUAUUCGAUGCCCCGGGACCCGUUUAACUUCACGGCCCUUUUGUUUUCGCUCGAGUCCUCUGCACUUUUCUUUUGGGCUUUCCCUCCCCCGCCGCUUUAACUUGUGUUUGUGGGGAACCGGGGCUGCAGCAGGCUCACCUCACCUUCCCCACCCCCCCUGCCCACUGAGCGACACUCAAGUCUCAAGCCAUGCUACUAUCCCCGUCACUACUCCUCCUCGGCCUCAUCACCUUGAGUGCCAGUGCAACGCGGGCCGCUAAAGUGAUCGUGGUCCCUCCCAUCAUGUUCGAAUCCCACCUCUACAUCUUCAAGACUUUGGCCACGGCGUUACACAAGGAGGGCCAUGAGACCCAUUUCCUAGUUUCCGAGGGUCGCGAGGUCCCGCCCUCUCCCCACUACCACUUACAGCGGUACCCAGGGAUCUUUAACAGCAGCUCGGCUGACAAUUUCCUCCAAUCCAAAGUCACCAACAUCUUCUCAGGCCGCCUGACAUUUCUGGAACUGUUUGACAUUCUCGACCACUAUUCUCAGAACUGUGACGCUGUGGUCGGCAGCGUUGAAGUAAUGAACCGCCUGAAAGAGGCCAAGUUCGACCUGCUGCUAGUGGACCCCAAUGAAAUGUGUGGCUUUGUGAUCGCUCAUAUCCUGGGUGUGCAAUACGCUGUGUUCAGCACCGGUUUGUGGUACCCCGCAGAAGUAGGAGCCCCGGCGCCGUUAUCAUACGUACCCGAGUUCAACUCAUUGCUGACAGACCGCAUGUCCUUGACGCAGAGAAUCGCCAACACAGCUGUUUACCUGGUGCAGCGCUUCGGAGUCCAUUAUAUCGCGUUACCAAAGUACGACCGGAUUAUGAAGAAGCACGGAGUAAAACCUCAAGUGGCCAUGGCCGACCUGGUGCAGGGGAGCCGGCUGUGGAUGCUCUGCACCGACAUGGCUCUGGAGUUCCCCAGGCCCACUCUUCCACACGUGGUGUACAUAGGAGGCAUCCUCACUAAGCCCCCCAGCCCACUGCCAGAGGAUUUUGAGGCAUGGGUGAAUGACACAGCGGAGCAUGGCUUUGUGGUUGUGUCGUUUGGAGCGGGAGUGAAGUACCUUUCCCACGACAUUGCUCACAAACUGGCAGGAGCCCUGGCCAGGCUGCCCCAGCGAGUCAUCUGGAGAUUCUCCGGCGUUCCACCCAGUAACCUUGGCAACAACACUAAGCUUGUUGACUGGAUGCCUCAAAAUGACUUACUAGGCCACGCUAACACACGGGCCUUCCUGAGCCACGGGGGCCUGAACAGUAUCUACGAGGCCAUGUAUCACGGCGUUCCGGUGGUGGGCGUGCCCCUGUUCGGAGACCACUAUGACACCAUGACUCGGGUGUCGGCCAAAGGGAUGGGUAUCAUGCUGCACUGGAAAUACAUGACAGAGGAAGACCUCUUCACUGCCCUGACCAGCAUCAUCAAAGACAGCAGAUACCGGCAGCAGGCACGUCUGCUCUCCAACAUUCACAAAGACCAGCCGGGUCACCCUGUGAACAGGGCCGUCUACUGGAUCAGUUACAUCCUCCGUCACAACGGUGCUAACCACCUGCGCUCAGCUGUAUACGAGGUGUCGCCCUACCAGUACUUCCUGCUGGACGUGAUCUUUACUGUAGGGGCGGCAUUGGCUCUCGCAGGUCUCGCCCUGCAGCGGGUGGUACGAUUGCUGAGGGGGAAGGUCGGGGACCACAGCGUCGCCGGCAACAUCAGGGACGACGGCAGCGUCGCCAACGGACAUUGUCACAGCGAGAGCAUGGCCAACGGGAAACACAAACGCAAUGGCUCCUUGAAAACCGAGAAAAAGAUGAAUUAACGUUCUGGAUUUGGAGCAGACGAAGCAGAAGUUGCCCUGAGGACACAGCCCUAGGUCUGGUUCACCGGUUUCAUAAAAAAAGAAAAAAGCUCAUAAAGAAAGCUGUUCUUAGGUCUGCGUUACGAGGCAACUGCUACUCAGAGCAAGCAAGAGGCUGUAGGAGGAGACACAAUGCAUCGUGUGGGGACAGAGAAAAGCAUUGAGUGCUCAAAAUGCGUGUGUGUGUGUGUGUGUGUGUGUGUGUGUGCGAGCGCGCGUGCGUGUGUGGGUGAAUGUGUAAGCGUGCAACGAGGCGAAUUUAACCCACUUUUAACAGCAGCGGCUACAGCGAAACGUCACUAAAUUGGAAAGUAGACGAGGAUGAAACACAGCAAAGACACACCGGAGGACGUUGGUUCUACAUGUGCGUCUUCCCUCCUGCAUGUCCUCUGUUGUCUUCCCGCCUUCCUCAAAAGUGGAAGGAUAACGAAGAGGGGAAAUCCCGAGCGCCAACCCUUCAUCCUCCGAACAAAAGCAUAAAAGUAAAUAGAUAGUUUUUGAGAAAAUCUGAAGUUUAUUUAACUGCAAACUCCAAGUGUCUGGGUCAACUGUAAAUAGAGGAUAAAUCUAUUUAUUACUGUACAAAGGCAUUUUAAUGUUCAACCUUUUUAACAUGAUCUUAUUUUUAAUUUAUUUCUUAUAAGAAAAAGUGGGGGGGGGGGGGGGGGGACUGUGACUGUCGAUGUGGGCCCACGAGUCUUGGCUCAUCAACACAACACUGUGUGAGAAACUGAAACAAAAGAAAUAAUCUUUGCAGUGAUGCGCAGGUCUGUGCUUCCCUCUCUGGCUCCAUCCACAGUAUCCGCUGUGGUCUUCAGAGCAAUCAGUGUGAAAACGCACCAUAUUCCCUUCUCACACAGCAGUGCCAACUUGUGACUACGCUCAGCUGGUCCCAUUGUGUCUAAACUGACUUUUGUUCUGUUGGAGAAUAACUCCACUGAACUGUUUGGCUAGUCUGUGUGAAAAGGUGAUUAUUUUGUCAGAGAAAGACGCAUUAUUGAUCACUACCGAGGAUACUGUGGAUAGGCAGACUCAGAAAUGUGCUUCAGCUCGUCGAGUCAGGAGAUGAGGGACACGUCAGAGCAUUAUUCAUUCAUUCAUUCAUUCAUUCAUUAUUGUUUUGCUUUUGUCAAACCUACUUUGUAAUUCUGAACCCCUUAUCUAUUUAUUAUUUCUUGUACAUUCACCACUUGAUUGCCAUUUUCAAUGCUACACUUGACUUUGUACAUCACCUCCAAUUUAUUUGAUAACUAUCUGUUAAUAAAUGUAUUUGGUCUUAUGUGUAGCAGAAGCUAGUUUUAAACAAUUCAGGUAGAAAUUUCCAUUUUUCCGGUAAUGCUUCAGGGUAAGGGGUUACAUUAGAAGUUAGUGUAGAAACGUAGGCAGAUCGGUUGUAAUGAUUUUAACUCGGAGUGUGAAUGGUUCACAUUUCUGUUUGUGGCCUUUCGCACUGCAAACAUAUGUUUGCACUAUGCUUGAAUGCUUGAGGGGUUUUAAAUCAAUACCCAGCAUCAUACCGAGUGUGUGAAUGAAACAAAGCAGGUGAGAUGCAGUAUGUUGGAGCCCGCUGAGUCAUGAAAAAAACUGAAGCUCGGUUAGGUGUUUGCCCAAAAUACGCAAAAAAAAAAAAAAAAAAAAAAAAAAUUUCUUU